AGGGGAGCACAUGCCAUGCUUGGGCUCGACCCAUUAGGGCCAAAGCUCCCCGUGCCAGGGAACAAAACCAGCUGUUGCUGGGGGAGAAGCAGCCUGUUGCAGCCACCUCCAGCCCGGAGCUUCCCCAUCUCAGUGGCUGCAAACGCAGCCAGCCGCGUCCCCCCGCAGCCUCCCCGGGCUCCUCCUCGCAGAACCCCUUCCCCAGUGUCAGGGGGCUGCAGCGCCGAGCCCGGGGCCCCGCCGGGCGGGAGGGCGCAGCCCGCACCCCCGGGGCAGCGGGGCCGGCCCAGAGCCCCCCGUCGGGGCCGGCCUGCCUUUGUGCCUGGCCGGGCUCCCGGGGGCAGAGGAGGAGCUUGGGAAAGUUUGGGGCUAAAACCACCUUUUGCUGCCAGCGGAGCCCGACGUCAGGGGCCGCUGUGCGCUGCGAGGUGGGCUCCGCACGCGGCCGCCACACAAAGGCAAGCAGCACCGCUCCGCGCCCCACCGCGCCGCGCACCCCACUGCGCCCCACCACGCCGCCCCCCGCAGGUCCGGGGCCUCCUCCUCCUCCUGGCGUUGAUCCUCCUGACUGCAACUGCUGAGGCUGGCAAAAACAAGAAAGCUCCCUCUUCCCUUGCAGACAAGGUGAAGAAGAGCAGCUCUGAGUGCGAGGACUGGCGCUGGGGGCCCUGCAUCCCCAACAGCAAAGACUGCGGCCUGGGCUACCGUGAAGGCACUUGCAAAGAUGAGACUAAGAAACUCAAGUGCAAGAUUCCCUGCAACUGGAAGAAGAAGUUUGGAGCUGACUGCAAAUACAAAUUUGAGAGCUGGGGUGGGUGUAGUGUUCAGACGGGUGUGAAAACCCGCUCAGGCAUCCUGAAGAAAGCCCUGUACAAUGCCCAGUGUGAGGAGAUUGUCUAUGUGACCAAGCCCUGCUCUUCCAAGAUCAAGUCGAAGUCCAAAGCAAAGAAGGGCAAGGGGAAGGAUUAGAGUGGGAAGACAACAUCCUCGCCUCCACCUCCUUGACACGGUGCCUGAACGGUUGGAAGCACGCCACUCGCGCUGCAGCCAGGUCCCCCUGCUCGACAACGCCCUGCCAAAUGCCAGUCUUCCUCCUCCUCUUCCUCUUCCUUCUCCACCACCUCCUCUUUAACCAAGAUGCCUUGUUCUAUUCACUAGCUUUGUAGAGAGCAAACCCACACCCUUUCUGCAGAAGGUGCUGUCUCCCUUUCUGCUGCCCCACUGGCACUGUCUGUGCAUCCCCCUCUCCUCUUCUCUGGGUUUAUUUCAAGGCUUACUGGGAUGCUCGUGGAGAGCUGGAAUGGGACCACAUACAUUUUUCCACUCUUGGCCACAAAUGAGUUGCCUUUGGCAAGCCUGGGAGCCUCCUGGCUCCUCUGCUUGAUAGUGGUGCUGGCAGGAAAGACUGAGUGUUGAAUGCUCAAGUAACCUUGUCUGGGGAGGGAGGGACAGGGGAGCAAAGGGAGAGAAAACCAAUCUCCCACCUGGGUAUUCACCAUCAGGCCUGUGUGUAGUGGAGACAGGGGCCUCCCACCUCCCCCCCCUCCUCCCCCCCACAUUUCCUUGGCUUGGUUCGAGGCAGGCUGCCCCCUUGCCCUCGGCUUCCCACAGACCCUCACAUGUCCCCCUCAUUCACAUGAGGAUGGGGCUUCGUUCCAUCUCCCUUCAGCAGAUGCAAGAGCUUCCUGCAGCAGCCAGGGGAAAGAAAAACAUCUUCCUGCGUGACCAGUGUGUCCCUUUCCCUCCUCUCCUCUGUCACUUUUAACCUGUGUGUGUCUGUGCCGGGGCUGCAGCCUCUCUGCCUUUGAUGCUCUAAUAGUGGUGCUGGGUGGGAGCUCUCUCUGUUUUUGAAAAUGGGGUUUGUUUUCUUUUCCAAUAAAAGUCUUUUAAAACCAA